UGAGUUUACCACUUUACAUUGACGUUAUUGAGAAAUUUUUCAGUAACGACUGAUUUACAAAAGCUCAAGCGCUGCCCAGUCUCGACCCUUUUACAUUCCUCUCUUACUUUCUUCUAUUUAUUAUUCACUGUUCACUCUUCUUCUGCUGAUUGCUCCCGGUUUGUCGCCAUGGCAUCUGAUGAAAGUACGAUUUUUGUUUCUUCUACGCAAGAAGAUGAUUAUGAUGAUACUGACGAUGGAUUUUAUCACCAACAUCAAGUGUCCCACAGCUUGUCUAGGCUGUCCAUGUGUACAAGCUCCAUGUACACAAACGAAGACGAAGAUUAUAACGACGAACGCAUGAGGAUGUCUAUGCUGAGAUUAUCUAUAGAAAGCUUUGAUGGCGAUGCUGAUGAAGAGUUCUCUGAUGAUGAAGAAUUUAAAGAGUUGGGUGGGCUGUCAUCUGAUUCAGAAAAAGAACCACAGUGUUACUCGCUGCCAGCAACACCGGCUAGCCGGAGAAGUCGUUGUUCAGUCGGUCAAAAAUCGAUUCGAGUAAAAGAUUAUGCGAGUGAAAAUGAAGUACAAAAGGGUAUGUUAAAGCAAAAGACAAGGAGAAACUUGAGGAGGAGGAAGAUCAUAAGAGAAAGAUGGGUGGAUAGUAAGUUUAAUAAGAAAGAUGAAGAGGAGAACGUUAUGAAUCAUUUUGGUAAUAAUAGUUUGAGCGGGGAAAGUGAAGGAGGAGGAAGUUGUGGGGGUGGAUUGGUAAUAAUAACAAGGCCAAAGGGAGGGAGAAGGUCGCUGUGUAUGGAUAUGGAGGAAAUGAAAGCUUGUAGAGAUCUGGGGUUUGAGUUGGAACAUGAAAGAAUGUUGGAAAUGACUAGUCGUGUUUCAUUGUCUGGAUCAACGCAUGAUACCAGCAGUGGCGGCGAUUCUCCCAUCGCCCAGUGGCGUAUCUCUAGCCCUGGUGAUGAUCCGCGAGAUGUGAAGGCUCGGCUGAAGGUGUGGGCACAGGCAGUGGCGCUUGUAUCGGCAACUCGACACACCACUUGACUAUGUAUAUCUACUAAUUACCGGCUCCUAACUUCCUCUGUUUGUUGGACGAAGACGAAGAGUGUUGUUUUUGAAGGUUUUUCUCUUCGUUUUUUCUUGCUUCGAAGAUUAGCUUUUUAUUUUGAGGGGUUUCCAGUUUUCUAAUUGCUCACUACAACCAUACUAUUGCUCUGUAAAUCUCUUCGCUUGUAAAUAUUACAUGAUCCCAAUUGGAGCCUUGAAUUGA